AUGUCAUCAUUGAAUUUUCUGAUAUUUACUGAACUUCGUUCAUUAGUAUUUGAUUGUGAUUAUUUAACAAAAGAUCAAAUAAAUCAAAUAAUUCAAAUGAAUUUACCUUAUUUAAAACGACUUUCAAUCUUUAAUAUAAAAUAUUUUCUUCAAGAAGUAUUCUUUUGUAAAAUAAUUCGAGGUGAACAUUUUCCAUCAUUAAAAAUUUAUCAUUUUAAAUCCAAUGAUAAUAGUCAAUUGAAAUUAAAUUCUAAUAAAUUAUCAUCAAGAAACAAAAUUCGUUCUCUUUCUAUUACAAAAUGGAAUUGGCCAAUACUUAAUUUUCUUUUUGAACAAUUUCAAUAUUUAUAUCGUUUUGAAACAUAUUUAGAAGAUUUAUAUUCUUUAAUCGAUCUUAUUCAACCUUGUUUAACAUUAAAACGUUUGAAAAUUACUUUUAAUACUUCUGUUAUUCCUUCUUUGAAAAAAUUAUUAAAAUGGACACCAAAUUUAAUUCGAUUAAGCGUUCGGGGAAAUCUUGAAAGAAAUAUUCCUUAUAAUGUUCAUUUUAUACAAAUGUCCGAAUAUCUUCCUAGUCUUGUACCUUAUCUUCAAAAAUUUGAUUGUGAACUUUAUUGUUAUAUAAAUGAAAAUGAAUAUAAUCCAUUAAUUAUACAAAAAUAUAGUCCAUUUUUUCAAUGA